AUGGCCCAAAGCAGAACUCCCGUUUACCUCGGUCUCGUUGGUCUGGGUGCCGGUGCUUUCUACCUGUACAGAGCGGGUGGUGACCCCAAAGCCGCCACUCAAGAAUUGAAGGCCGACGCCAGCAAAGCCAGCGGUAAAGCCCCCAGCGGCGCGCGUGGUGUGGUUGCAGGCGAAAAUGCCGGAGCGGAGGGCACUGCUGUAAUUGAUGAAGCUGUCAACAAUGCCCGCUCGAGCGCCAAACCCGACGAACGCAUUCCCGAGAUCGCACAGCAGACAACCGGAAAACUUGAGGAUGCUAGGGACAAGUUGAAUGCAGGUGUUGACAAGCUCGACCGGAAGGUCGAGGAGAAAGCUACGGAGGCGAAGAGCGGGUUGUCGGGGUGGUUUGGGAAGUAA